GGUUCAUUAUGAACAAGGCAAACAAAGUCUUAAUACUUGUUUUGACAACGUGUUAUUUUCGUUUUUAUUUGAAUUUGAGAGGAGAAUUAAAAAGUAAUUUAGUUUUUGAUUUGGAAAGUAUUAUAGUAUAGCGACCAUUUAUGAAAUUAAGAUAAUUUAGUGCCCAAAAUAAAAAUUUUACAAUAGUAUAAUGACCAAAUACAAGAUUUUACAAUAAUUCAGUGACCAAACGCAAAAAAAAUUUUACAAUAAUUUAAUUACCAAACUGAACAUUUUAUAAGAUAAAUUAAAAAAUUAUUUAGAUAGUACAUUGACACAAAAAGUUAAAGACAAACAAAGCCUUACAUUCCUAACAUCAGAUGGUCCCAACAAAGGUUAAAAACUUUUAAAAUGAAUGAACACAGUGACACAUGACCACCUACGUGUAUAACUCCAAAAGCUACAUUUCACAUUAAAUUAUGAUUAGAUCAGUAGUCCCCCCUUUCCCUACCUCAUAUGGUUUACCUAUAUUUUUACCAUUUCCCGUAUGAACACAAAAGAUAAUCAGAGUCUCAAACACACCUUUGAUCGUGCCAAGAUCUUGAAUUAUUUCUCUAAUUUAACAAAACCUUGUAGUAAACACAAAAAACUGAAAAAGUACCAUAAAAAAUCACAAUUCCCAAAGCCCCCUUUGGUUAGAAGAAGAACAAUCUAGUCUAGUCUACUAAAGUAAAACUGGUGAAAAGGUACCAAAUAAUUUCUGUUUUUAGGAUUUUCUCCAUUUUGCAUUUUGUUGUUUGUGUUAGGGAGAGUACUUUUUUUCAACAGUACCAAUAAUUAUGGUAUUGUCACAAAAAUAGAAAGAAAAAGAAAAAGGUACUCUUAAUAAUACAAACAACAGGAAAGAGGACCCCUAUCUGAAAGGAGAAGGAAUUAAAGACAUACCAAAACGGAGCCCUUAUGCAGAUGCAAUCGGCCGGUGGAAGUGGAAUCGGAGGAAGUGGGCUCAGCCGUGCCGGAGGUGGCGGUGGUGGCGGCGGUGGCGGGCUAGCUCGGUUUCGUUCAGCUCCGGCUACUUGGUUGGAAGCUCUUUUGGAAGAGGAUGUCAACGAGGCAGCUCUUGAUUCUCCGGCGAUAGCUCCGGCGACUACUAGUGCUAUUACUACUUCUGCUGCUGCUAUGCCGCCGUUGCAUCCGCCGUCUCGGUCUCAAGCUCAGUCAACUCAGCCCAGCUCCGUCACCGGCAGCAGUAGGUUCGCCGACGAUCUGGGGUUGUUGGACUCGGUGGGGAGUGGUGGUGGUGGGCUUACUGGGUUGCUCCGGCAAAACAGCUCGCCGGCGGAUUUCUUGUCAGAUGGGUAUUUUUCCAGCUUUGGGAUUCCGGCGAACUAUGAUUAUUUGAUGGGUUCUUCGCCAUUGCAUGCUUCAGAGUCGCCUUCGAAGCGGCCCAGGGAGAGUGAUUCAAAUAAUCCAUCUCCUAAAGCUUCUGCCCAAGUGAAAGGAGAGCAAAGUGACCUUGGGGGAUUAUUAGAUUCAGAAAUGGAGAAGCUCUCAGAGGAUGCUGUUCUGUGUAGGGUUCGGGCAAAACGUGGUUGUGCGACCCACCCCCGUAGUAUUGCAGAGAGAGUUCGAAGAACUCGAAUUAGUGAUCGGAUAAGGAAGCUUCAAGAACUUGUUCCCAAUAUGGAUAAGCAAACAAACACGGCAGACAUGUUAGAAGAAGCAGUAGAAUAUGUUAAGCUUUUACAGAAGCAAAUUGAGGAACUCUCAGAGCAGCAAAAGAAUUGUAAAUGCUGUGUCCAAGAGUAGAAGGGGAGUUUUUUCCCAGUACAGUCAAAGUGAAUCAGCAGUAAUGUAGAAGUCUAUACCCCAUGGAUCUGCAAUCAAAAUACAUACGUAUCGUAUCUCUGCCUCGGAGCUUCUCCUCCUCUAUGAUGUUGACUGCUUUAGAUACUGUAAGGUCUACAUCCAAGUGCCACCACCGUCAACUUCUAAUUUCUAGGAUGCUUUAGUGCAGGUGUCAAAUAUGAUGUAAAUUAACGGUCUUCUGAAGCAUUUUCUUUUGAACGUGCUUUUGAUGUAGUCCAUUUCUAAUUGAGAUUCGUUUGCCACACAUCGCAUGUAAGCUGGCAUUAUUGAUGAAAUAAAAUUGGUUGUAUUUUGUAGUAUGUUAGAUGAAUUAGUAGCAUCAGAAUGGCUCUAUCAGUUGCACUAAUGCUUCCGGAGCUUUCUAGCUUACUGAUUUGUGUACUUGAUCAAGUGAAGGAACUUCCACUAGGAGUUUAUUCAGAUACUUUUGUUUUCAUUGUUAAGUGAUCUUUUUGAAGAUUUUCAUCGUGUAUGAACAUGCUUAAGGGAUGACAUGAAACUUGAGUUUAUUAUCUGAGGAAGUGGUCUGAAAUUAUUGACUUGUGGAUUGUGAUAUAUCCUUUGCUGAAAACAACCCAGAAAAAGUGCUGAGAAGGAUGUCUUACUAUCUGUCUAGAAUGGAAACACAAAGUGAGGCAGGUUUGAAUUUUAUGGUUUGCUCAACUGUAUGAAGAUGGAAGUUGACAGAAAUCAGCAGAUUUCCAGGGCCCAGAAAAAACAGUUGUAAAUGCUAAUUGUGGCCGGCAUCAAAAUCAUCAUCAUCUUCUUUUUCAGUUUUUUUUUCUACCCCAUUUGGUUGAAUGACUGGAUAGGGAUUUGCGGAGAUUAAUGCAGUUGACUAAUGAUUAGACACUGUACCGUGUUCAAUUUGGAGGUUGGUUAUGAAGUUGUGAUUGAGAAUGAGAUUUCACGUUCUUCAUUUCUCCAAAAAAUAAAAUCAUUUUUGUUGAACUAAAAUAGAAGAGACAAAUGAAUCUACAAUUUAGGUAGAUUUUGAAAAUGGUCGAUUAUCUGUUUUUCACUUUGUUUUGUAUCCAAUUGACUGUAAACUCCAU